GGUGACAAACUGGAAUUAACGCGGGCGAAGCCGCGGGCAAUAGCUAGUCUAUACACAAUAGCGGCACAUACUAUACUAUUGUGAGCACAAUAUACAAAUUAUACAACUCGUUGAGAUGUAGUUAACGCGACUACACGCGCAGUCCAAAGGCCGGUGCGUAUGACGCAAACACUCGAAAUAGGCAAUGCAGUGGUGAUACCAGAUACGUUUUGUUGUCACCUGUAUACGGGCUUUAGUGUUUUCCAGCCGUGUCGACCAACUGGUUCCGACGGAUGUCACGCUCGCUCGCCCGCGCGCACUGAAAUAUGCUAUACGGACUCCUUGCUCUCACUGGCCGCUCGCGCGCACUCCGCUUUUAAAAAUAAAACUGACAGGUCACUGACAUCUGGCCUCCUAUCCAAACUGUAAUUUUAUCAACCAACAAUGGACAUAAAUGAGGAUAUGAUCAAAGAAGAGGUCAGUAGCUUCGUACACAGCCUCCAGAAACUACUGCCAAAGAAGAAAGAGAUUAUUGUCAUUGAGAAACAAAAACCGAAACUGAUCAGACUGAGUGACGUUCACGCAGAAGCUAAGAGUGUUUUCCCAGCAUGCUUCACCGGUGCCAAGCUCGUCGUGCUCAGAGAAGUGAUGGACAAAGUGAAAUUGGUCCAGCAGUACAACUUCGGCAAAGCUAAGGACUCAUACAAGUGCUUCACCCAUGUGAUUCAUAAGGAAUUGGAACCAAAGAGCUCCAAUGAAGGCUUACUGGUAGAUUCUGCUGGUUCAGCCACCGCUACGUACAGCGAGAUCCUCGAUGGAACGUACCAAAUGCGGCUGACGUCCAAAAUCAAGGACUUGGUCUCGUCUGAAACUGAGAUGGUAAUCGAGAAGGAACAGGAGAAAUCAGUGGGGUCUCUGUCGUGCUGCGUGAAAGAUGUUGACCCGAACACGUUGAAACUAGUGACCCAGUGGACUUACAAAAUCAUUCCCGAAUUCAGCCUGGGGACGGAGGUCAGUUGUAGGCCUCUAUCGAGUCCCACUUCGCCCGAUCUGUCUAUCAGCGCGAGGUACGAGAAGCCAUCAUUUACGUUAUCUUCAACGAUCAGCAGGUCCGGUUUCCAGGCUUGCCUAUUCAAGCAGUUCUCGCCGGACCUGCGAAUAGCGACGAUAGUGAACGAACGAACUCAAGGGCACACCGCUAUUGGUGUGGCCCUUCACAAGAAGUACCAGAACGGUUCAGAGUUGAAAAUUUUUGUUGAUUCACAACACUGCGGCGGGUUUACUUUCCAAAAGGACGUGUUGUUCCACGAGCCGCACAACGAGGUGAGGGUCUUGAGACUGAUCGGGAGCACUCUGAUAGACAGACAAAGGCGAGUAAGAUUCGGAUUCGGAUUCAAUCUUGACUUCUGACGCGUCCAGGACCUUCAUUCUUC